CUUGUAAACAGUUUUCGUCUUUCGUCUGCGGAGCGCGUUUGCUAUGAAACUUGACCUGUCAAUGGAUGUUUGAUUUGCCUGAAAUACUUUUGAUAUGGAACAAGAACAGAAUACCUCACAAAUAGAAGAGGGCCAAGAUUUGCAAGGAUAUGAAAACAGCACAUCCCAAGAAUAUUACCAGAAACAUGGUGAUGAAGAAAGUUCCUCAUUCAGGACAACACAGAGAGAAGAUGGCUAUUUACAGGAACAGGAAGUCAUUGAGGCCUGUCAAAGUAUAAACACGUCACCAAGGAAACGGAAAAUAGAUAAAGAUGGUUUUGUAACUCCUGCCACUCCAGAUAUCCCAAAGUCAUCCUGCCACUAUGGCCAAACCAAACAAAUGAGAAUAGAUGGCAUUACAAACAAUGAAGGUGAAGGAUACAGUUUGGAUAAUGUUGUUAACCACGUCACUGGCCAGCUACAAGACGAAAAUUGUACAGUCAAUCAGAUGCCCUCUUCUUCACAAAAGGUCCUACAUUCAUUCAAACCCAUUGUCGACGUCAUGAAAGAUUUGUCAGAAGAAUCUAAAAAUGUACAUGACCAGUUUUCCAAUAUGUUCAGGGAAAGUGAAGAGUACGAAACAAUUUGUCCGGAAAAGUUGGACAAGCUGAUUGGAGAAGCGACAGCACUGGAGGAGAACCUAAACCAACAGAAACAAGUGUUGUGUAGUAGACUGAAGGCGUUGUCGCGUACACUGCAGCUACUGUGAUGUUGUCUGUCGUAAACGCUAAUGUUUCUCUGAAGUUAUCUGUGUAGUUGACUGUCCUGUACACUCUAGUUUCUGUGACGUUAUCCCCAUCCCCGACAGAAGGAGUUGUCGAGAACUCUUCGCUUAUUGUAAGGUUCUCUGUGCCACCAGCUGUAAGAUCUGUCGUGUACAUAUCAGUCAAUUUUUCAGUUGCUGUUUAACCUUGCUACCAUUUAUGUGGUAUUGUGAAGGUCAUGAGGAGUAAUCACAGUUUCCGUUAUUUUCACCUCAUUGCAGUAAUUUUAACAUUAAGAUAAUAGCAAUUACCUGUGUUAUAUAGACUUAUUGUUGUUGGAUAUUUCUUGACUACCGUAGAUAUGUUUGAUUUAAAUGUGUAAGAGGCGUAAUGUGAUGACCUUAUGACUAUCGUAAACUAUUAAUAACUAUUACAUGUAAUAAAAAUUCAUGUUUACUGAAUGCAAAAUAGAACUAGCAUUUAUUUGUUAUGUAUUUGAUUAAAUUGAUUGUUUCCUUUGUCAUAUUUUAUAAUAGAUAAUUGAAAACUUUUGCAAUUGAAAUAUCUAUGAACCUGCAACAAACUGAUUACUGUUGCAUACAAUCGCUCGUUUUAGAAACAUGCAAUCCUGGUUCACUGUACUUUGUUUUUAUUACUUUUAGAUGUCGGAUCUACAAUUUAUGUUUCAAAACAGAAAUUAUCCAAGGAAAGAAAAAAACUCGUUUUGAUGAUAGAAUUAGUUCUCUAAAGAUAAAUAUGUAAAUGUUAUGGUAUUCUUACUAAUGCAGUGACUAUUAGUUCACAAUAACAUUAGUUCACAGUAACAAUAACACUGUGAACAUUCGAAGUUUAGACAGUAACAGAAGAAAAUAUUCAUGGAUUAAGAACUGUAAGCUAUAUGUAUAGAGGAUAUCUAACAGUGUCUUCAGUAAUACCAAAUAUAUUUCACUCGUGUGGCUAAUAUUUUGAUAUUUU